AUGGGCCAGGCUUGGGAUUGGCCAUACUUGUGCCCCAUCGCCUUGCUCAACAAACUGUGCAGUUUGCAGCCUAGACUGGGGGAUUUGAUUCGCUCUGGCACUGGCCCAUCCUUGGCAAUCUACAUGGACGAAAUCAAGCCAGGCAACGUGUUGCGGCCAGACCUUUCCCGGACUGUUGCUUGCUUCUACUACACCUUCACCAAUUUGCCUUCAUGGUACAUUGCCAGGAAUGCAGGUUGGUUCUUCUUUGCUGCAUUCCCAGCAAAACUGGUGGACAAAUUGGAUGGUGGGUAUUCAUGUCUCAUGGCCAAGAUGCUGACAGUGCUUUUUGAAACAGAGCCAUUGAAUUUUGAACGAGGCUUCCCAUGCACCUCAUCUACUGGCACCUUUCUGUGCCAAGCUCCUUUCAGGUUGCUUUUGGCGGAUGAGAAGGCCCUCAAAGAGCUUUGGGGUCUACGUGGAGCAGCAGGCACCAAACCAUGUUGCUUGUGCAUGAAUGUCCUUGGCCACAUGACACCGGACCAAAUACACGCAGCUAAUCUCGGAUGGCUUGUCCACUACAGCUGCCCUGACAGGAGCCAAUGGGCCCCACAGAGCUCAGCAACUUUCCAAGACAUGAGGGACCGGCUUCACGCGGUCAGGGGCAACAAGAAGCAAUGUAACGAAUUGGGGCAAGCAUUUGGCUUGCAAUUUUCCAGUUCUCAUGUGCUAUGGCAUCCCACCAUUGGGCCCAAAGUUUGCCCAGUUCAACACACAAUGUACGACUGGAUGCAUGUUUUGGUAGCUGCUGGUGGGGUGGCGCAAUACGAGCUGAAUGAAUUUGCCAAGUUGAUCAAAGCUUCCGGACUCCCUUUGUCGGCCAUCGACACAUUUGGGCAAGUGAUAUUUUUGCCAAAGGCCCGCUCCAAACUCCCCAAGAAGUUUUGGCAGGAUCGUGUCAACACUGAAGAGAACAGCCACUUGAAAUGUUUUGCCGCUGAAGUUUUGGUUGCUGUGAGCAUCCUCAAUUUGUUUGCCAAAGAGGUUUUGGCACCUGAUGGCAUCCUUCCCGAACAUGGUCGGUGCUUGAGUCUUCUAGCUGAUGCGAUAGACAUCUUGUCACAGCUAGAUGAGGCGCUUAACCUCAUCGAUGAAUUGCAAGCAACCGUUGACCAACAUGCUGUUUGCUACAAGAGGCUCUAUCCAGCUUGUUGCAAACCAAAGGGCCACUACUUGAUGCAUCUCCCCAACUUGCUGCUCAAGUUUGAGAAAAACCUUUCUUGUUUUGGCCCAGAGCGGAAACACAGAGCUGUCAAAACAUUGGCAGCUCAAGUUUUCAACGACACCCUUUGUGACCACGUGACUCUUCGAAUGGGCCAUGAUGUCUUGCAAGAUUUCAAAGGCAACCAAAAUUUGGUCGAACCUUUUUUUUUGCAAGGCCCUACUCGCCAAAUCCCAGACGGGGCUCACUUGCUUAGUCUCGGCAUGGGGCAACAUGAUGUGAUGUCAGUGUGCACUGGCAGAACGUUGAUUACACCAAUUGGACAGCUCUCUCUAGGAGAUGUUUUGUUUGCUGCGGAGCUUGGUGCCCUCAUUGUUUGCGCAGCUUUCUUGGAAGUGUUUCUCAUUACAGGUGAGCGAAAGUUCAUCUUGCAGGUCUCAGUCCACCUGUGGAAAGAGGGUUCCUUGUUCCAUCCUGCGAGCCAAGACUUUCUGAUGGAAUGGUGUGACCGCUUGAGGCGAGCGUGCCCCAAACCCCCGGCUGCCAGCGUGGUGGAAAGUCUGGGCGGCGCAGCCCUCUUGACCGAGGAGGAAGUCACAACGAGCCAGUGCUGCACUUGCCACAAGCCCAUUGACAAGGACAAUUCUUUGGUCAUUGUUCGGGCUGGCGUCAAGUCUUCGAAUGAGAUCCGCCGUUGCCGGGCUUGCCACAGCAUGCGCAGCGCCAUUGAAAGGCUGAAGCGCAACCAUGGAAGUCUUGUCAAGGAUUUCACUUCUGCGGAUGGAGACAGAAUCUCCAGCUUCUACCGGGAGAACCCGCACCUCAGGGGAGAGGAUCUCCGCAAGAGAUUGGAGGAAAUUGUUCAGGAUUGGAAGAUCAGCAUCACCCGGUAUGAGUUCAACCAAGAAGCCGAUUUUGUUGAGGAAAGUGACAUCAGGGCAAAAUAUGCUGACAAGCCCGAGAUCGCCGAGAACAUCCUGAAGAACAGCCAAGGUGAUCCUAUACGCCGACCCAAAGUACCAGGCCAAGGGGUUCUGCAUGACACCACGGAUGCCAAAGCUCCAAAGAGACCAAAGAAGGCCGACAAGAAUGGCAAGGAUGGUGAACCUGCCGACGAGCCCAAGCUCAAAGCGGGAGAAAAGAAAAAGGUCGCAAAGAAGGCUGAGCAACUUUCUUCCAAGGUCCUGCAAAUGAAGGACACCUGGGAAAAGUGCUCCUCAUUUGGAGAUAUGAUCCCACCAUACGUCAUCAAGGCGGCGUCGGAUGCCAAAGACAAGUCCCAAGUCGCAAUCCAGAACGCCCAGACUUGCCUUGACUCUGGCAAAGGGGAUUCCAGCCACCACAUUGAGACCCUGGAUGCUACACUCAAUGAGUUGAGUGAUUGUUUGGCCAGGUUGAAAAACCAGUUGGAACAGGCUUCCAAGUUCAAGUGA